CAGCGAAAUCGACCACUCUUGGAAGCCUCAGCUUGACAACCCAGCAAACAACAUUUUGGACGCACCGCAAUAUCGGUACAACAGCAGCCACAUACAUCUUCUUCCUUUUGGUACCCUGAAUGUUUAGCAAACCCGACCCCUUCGAGCCACCACGACUGCAGCGUCCGGGGUAGAAUGCUCGGCUGGAUGUUGAAUCGCGGCGGGCGCGCGUCAGAAGCUCCAGAUGACACCUUGGUCGACCAGCCAGACACGCCCGCUCCCGUCUUCGCCGCCCGGGCCCUGAAAUCUGCUCUCUUCGGCACUCCAGCACCCGCCACGAGGUCGGAGAAGCCCAAGAAGCAGCCCCAACAACAACAGUCCGCCAACGCGCCAGCCCUAGGCACGCCCGCCAAACAGCGUCCCCAGAGCAUCCUGCUCACCCCCGGCGUUGGCACGGCGCGUCGGAAGCGCGUGUCGUUUGGCAACGAUGUCGCCCCCGCCGAUGGCAAGAAUGGGAGCAAGAGCGGCCUGCCAGACGACUGCCCGGGGAAGUUCCCCAGCCCCUGGGUGGCGCCCGCCCAAGCCGACGACAGCGAGGAUUCGACAGCCGCCCGACGGCCCCGAACAUCGCUGACCGAGAAGCUGGAAAACUCGCGCAAGUUCAAGCCACAACCCAGACAGCAAGAUGCCGACGGCGACAGAACGAAGCCCAGCCAGGCCGCCUCCAUCUUUACAUCCACCAAGGACACAGCGGAGGAAAGGGCAUCAGAUUUGGCCGAGGCAAUUUGGGAGGAUAACGACGACCAGCCCGAAGCGUCUGACCGCGAGCGGGACGUCACAGUUGACCUGAACGAGCCGUGCUCGGGCUCGGGUCGCUUCUGGAAGGGCGAGUACACGCGAUAUCACGACGAGGCGCGCGCCGAGAUGGAGAAGUUGGUCCGAUACAAGAAUUUGGCCAAGUCAUACGCCAAAAUCAAGGAUGGUGAGGCACUGGAGUUGAACAAGCGUUUGCACGAGGAGCAGGCCAAGGUCGCUGCCAUGGAAACCCAGGUCGCAGAGUUGACUCGUCGCAUCGCGAAGAGUCACAUGAAUGGGGCCGGUGGUGGUGCCGAUGACGGUGGGGAUCAAGCCGAGAUCCUCAGAGAUCUUACCAGGCAGGCAACGCUAGCCACGCAGUAUCGAGCCCAGGUUAAGGAGCUAGAGGCCAUAAUCAAGGAGGGUCAAGCAGCUGCUGCUGCCGGCUCUCCCGAGCCAGAGACCCCGAGGCGCAGGAACGGCAGCCGUGUCGUCUCACCGCGCUCGAACCAGGCUCUGAUUGAGUCGCAGCGGCAGCUUAAGCGCGCUCGGGAGCAGGUCAGAGAGCUGGAGGGGCUCAAGUCGGACCUGCGGGCCGUGGAGAGACGCGUGGAUGAGAUGCAGUCGGCCAAAGAACGAGCUGAGGCGGAGCUGGACGAAUCCAAGGCCAAGGCCAAAGAUGCGGCAGCCAAAUUAGCUGUUGUUGAGGAUCGGGCCCGACGCAAGACCGAGGCUCUCGAGCAGCUGCAGGAGGACCACAGCAAACUCCGAGAGGAGUCUAGGAAAGUCGCCCGGGAAGCCAAGGCGGAGCUGAGGGCCAAAAACGAGGAGAUAGCGAGGCUGAAGAAGGCCCUCGAGAGCAACAAAACAGAUUCCAUACCGGUGGCUCAGGAGCCAUCGGAGCAGAGCGACGAUGUCCUCACACCGUACACGCCGGGCCCUGCCGACGUGGACUGGACCGUCAACGUCACACAGAUGGAGCUGGAACAGGGCACACCCAUCAGGAUGGUGGGCCGAAGGCACAAGGCUACGGAAGUGAGCCAGCCCGCGACGCCGCUGCGGGAGGAGCCGAGGACCAGGAGGCAGGCCAGAGCCGCGGUGGAAGUAACUUACGAUGAACCGCCAAAGGCGCCUGCGGACGAUGCGCCUAUCGACUUGGACGACUCCACUCCAAGGCCGAGCCGGCGCGGGCCGAAGCUGGAAGACCGGCCCACAGAACGGCAUCAUCGAGCAAGUCGCAGGGUUGCAACUAAUGAUGAGGAUGUCGGCAAGGAGGACUGGACUAGGCUCCUGGAUCAGAUCAAGCCGAACCUGGAUACCACACAGCCUCCCGAACGGCACCAGCGGGCGAGCCGGCGGACUACAACGAGGUCCGAUGCCCCGGAGGAGGUUAAGCCAACGGCGACACGCCAUUUCAGGCGGUCCUCAGCGGCUGCGAGCGACGAUGAUGCAUUGGGUGGCGGCGAGUCGAGCCUCCGGGAACGGCUUCGCUCGCAUUCUCGCACGGCACAACGCUUCUUCACAGGCGCUGCAACAGGCACGACAACACGCUCGCGGCGCAGAAGAGAUUCGGCCACGGGGCUGUCUGAGCGAGAGGAACAAGCCGAGGGUGCAGUUGCCCACGGCGACGAUGACGAUCUCUUCAAGCCCAAACCAGUGCGGCACUCGGUCGAUGCGGGUGUACCGGCAGGGUCGACACCCCGCGCCCAUCUCACGACCAGGAGGACAUCGACAUCCAGGCCCGUCAGCUCAGUGGAGCCGUCCUCGCGUCCUGCUGACGCCGAGCUGGACCGACGGACGACGCGAACGGCGCCCGCUGCAACAAACGGCCCCGUCACGGUGCCAAGCCGCCGUAGCGUAGAUGAGGAGGAGCCGCAGAUCGACCUGCUCUCGGAUCGAUUUGCGCGGCUCGGCGGUGCCGUCACGAAGCCUGCCCCGCGCGCCGAAGCCGCCGCCGACACUAGCAUGGCUGCGACGGUUGGUAACACAACGCGGGGCACGACACUACCACCUGACCGACACGCGGCAGCGAUGGCGCGGCUGCAGAAGCGGAGGGAGGAGAGGAGGCGGGCGCUGGACAAGGAGAACAUCCGACCAUGAGCUGGGUCGUGUGACUCGAUAUUUCUCUAGGAAACCUUGCAGCGUGGCAUUGCUGGAGGCCUGGCAUGGCUAGAGGGCUGGGAUGUUCGCUGUCUUUUUCACUUCUAUUUUGGCGAAUUUUGGUUUGCUUGAAGGAUGACAUCGAGAAAUGUUUUAGGAUGGUCAUGUUUCGCAUUGUUUGGUGUUUGGAGUACUAGGCCAGCCAUGGGAGGCGGGAGGCGGGAGGCGGAUACUCCGCCUCACUGACGAGAAUGGAUACCUCGUGGGGUUGGAAGCAUGUAUGUACUGGCUUGCAGCAUUUUAUUCUUUUUUUGUCUUGGCUCGGGAAGAUCUCGUGACUCGAGCUGUUGUCGGAUAUAGGCCAGGGGUUCAUUUCUUGUCGAUAGCUUCCCCUCAUGUAGACAUCUUAAUGGCGAGCAGUGGUGGCAUUCUGG